AUGUAUAAACCCAAAUUCAAUUUCAGACCAAAUGCCAAAGGUAUUAUAUUGAAUAAACCAGUCAUAAAUAUUUCUACAACAUUUGAUGAGAUUUCUAAGUUGCCUAGUUUCAGAUCUAAACUUUUAGCAUUUUACAAGAGGUUUUACAAACUACGAAAGUUCGAGUGUAAUGAGCAGUUGUAUAUUAUUAAAGAUAUCCCAUAUUACACACCAGACAUAAAUGAUCAAGAUUAUGCUGCAUUUGUUAAAAGACAAUUCCGAAGUAUUUCAUACAAUACCAAAAGGGAGGCUAUUUUGAAUUUACCUGCUUUGUCGGAACAAGAACUUGAACAGCGAAUGAUGAACACUUUGGUAUUUGUGUUUAAUCAUACUGUGACAGCAGAAACCCCUUACUCAAAUAAUUCCAGUAUGACUGAAGAUGAUGUUGCCAAGACUGGUAUAGACAAUGAAGAAACCAAGAUUGUUAGUACAAUUCUAAAACUUGAUAACGAAAUGCCAAAUGAUAUUAAAUAUGAUUUCAAGUUUAAAUGGUUCAAAGAAUUUACUAAUCAACUAGAUAGUAUUGAUCCGAAAGUUGGACCUACGAAAAAACAAUUGGAAUAUUUAACUGAACACUAUGGGUAUAGAAUGUACUAUAUUACGUUGAUGCGAUUGAACGAAAGUACCAAGUUGUGUCUAUAG